AUGCAAAUGCCUUGCCAAAUUUGCCAUGUGUUUUGGUUGCUGGUUUGGAAGAACUUUCAAAAACAAAAAGAUAACAAGCUAGUUUUAUUUCUGUCGAUCGUUUUGCCUGUGAUGUCGUCCCUAUUUCUGCUACUUACUCGCUCCUCAAGUGAUUUACAUAUGAGAGACUACUCGAUACGGGCGGAAGCCGAGCUUUUGGAGUUCAGUUGGAGCUCACUCAUUGACAAAAUCAACGAGCGACGCGCUAAAAUGGUCAACAAGCAGCGAAAUUUUACAACAAACGUAUUCAUACCGAACAUCCAAGUGGCAUUCGCACCCAACUCAAAUGCUGCACUGCGGAAACUGAUGAGCGACGCCCUGGGCAGACUUUCCAUACCCAAAGAUAAGAUUGCUGACUUUGGGAACUGCAACGAUAUGCGCACCCACGCCGCCUCCGAACAUUAUUUGGCAAGUGUCUGCUUCCGGAAUGUGGAUGAGUCACUGAACGGCCUGCCCUCCGUGCUGCACUUUGCGAUAAUUCUGCCGUCGGAGCUGCGCAACUAUGAGCGGACUUGGAUCGGCGACAGCUGGAAGGAAACCAGUACCCUGAUGGAUCGUGAUGACGACGAGGACGACGAGUUCGACGUGGAUGGCUACACGGACUACAUGGAGGAGGGCUUUCUGCCGCUGCAGUACUACAUCAGCAUGGAGUUCCUGAGAGCCACCGCUUCCAACGUGGAGAAGUUACCGAAAGUCCGGAUGCGUCGGUUCAAUGAGAAUCCCAAUGUGCUGCUCUCCGAGGAAAUAGGCACUGCGGUCAUACUGCUGAUUCUUCUGGGCUUCAUGUUCCCCGUGGCCAUUUUAGUUGCGCUGAUCGUUAAGGAGCGCGAGCUGGGACAACGUUAUGUGAUGCAGAUGCUCAACGCCAGUGCCACAUUGCAAAUGGCAGCGUGGUUCUUCAGUGUCUUCAUACACUUCCUGAUCACUUCUAUUCUCAUCACAAUUCUAUUUAAGAUCGAAUGGAAUGGAGCGACGGCGGCUAUGAACAAGUGCCCCUGGUCCAUAUUACUAUUCUUCCUCACCUCGUAUGGAUUCUCUGUGUCCGGUUUGAUAAUAUUUAUGGCAUCGGCCAUACGCAGAUCGAAAGUAGCCAUGGUAAUGGUACCGAUUAUAUGGAUUCUACUGGCCCUGCCGCUUUUGUCGAAGAAGGAACUCCUGUCCGAUGGACCGAAUGUAUUUUACGGAUUCGCUACCGUCUUCCUGUGCAACGUAUCGCUUAGUCGGGGUCUUUCGAAGAUCUUCUACAUCGAGGACUACACGCUGGGCGUGACCAUAGGGAAGUAUUUGAUGUACAAAGUCAGUAACUCUGAUUUCGGACUCUUUGUACCCAUCGUUUGUUUCUAUGCACAGACAAUAUUUUGCAUCCUAUUCGCGCUGUUUUUGGAAAACAAUACCUACGUCUGGCUGGCACUUCGCAUUAGGAAACUGCUGAAGAGGUCGCCUGCUAUUAAGCCGGCAGUGGGCAGGCUGGAACAUGAAAUCCCGAAAGUUAACCCUCCAAAAACUCCAGCUAAAGCUCUCAUCGAGUUUCGUGGCGUAUGGAAAAAGUAUUCCAGAUCGCCGUUUGUGGUGCAAGACUUUACACUGAACGUGUAUUCGGGUGAGGUGGUGGCUCUACUGGGCCACAAUUCAUCGGGAAAGAGCACCAUCGUAAAGAUGUUAUAUGGCCAGACAAAGCCCACGCUUGGCGAGAUCUACGUCUCCGGUUUCAACAUAGUUACGCAAAAAAAAGAGGCGCUGCGAAAUUCCGGAGUUUCCACGUCGCACAAAACCCUGUUCACCGAGUUCGUAGUGCUCGACCAUCUAAUGUUUUUCUCCAGGCUGCGGGGUCUCAAGAAGAGUGACGCCCAACGAGAGGCGAAAACAUUUCUUCGAUAUGUAAAGUUCGAGGAUUGGGAAAGGACUCCGGUCAGUGAGCUGACCAUUGGACAGAGGAGAGUGCUGCAGUUUCUGUGCGCCUUCGCUGGAGGCACCCAGAUUGUCAUCCUCGACAAGCCGUUCGAUGGAAUCGAUGAGCCCCGCGCCAGUUUGUUCUACAGUUUCAUCCUGGACCAAAAGGAGAAGCGCUCCAUUUUCUUCACCUCCAACAGUCACAAAGUGGCCAGCGGAAUUGCCGAUCGGAUUUUCGUUCUUUCCGAGGGCAAUCUGCAGGCAUUCGGGACUGAAAAACGGCUGUGCAGGACGUUGAACGAGGCCUAUCGCCUGAUUGUGUUUGGCAACGAGAACUGCAAUGUCAAGGAGGUGCACCUGUUCCUGGCGAACUUUAUACCGGAAAUUGAGAUGGACUCCACUUUGGGUGAUGCCGCUUCCUUCGUUGUCAAGCACCGAAACCAUCCCGAACUUGUCAAUUUGAUCGACAACUUGACCAGAUUCAAAAGUGAACUCAACGUAUACAGCUUCGAAAUUCAUCAGUGCAGCAUUGAUGACAUUUUGAUUAGCUUGUACAUGCGUCAGAAGUCGAGGUUUGAGUUUGCAGAGCCUGAAUCCCAAACAUUUCCAGCGAACAAACAGUCCGCGAAGAGGAGAUUUCUAACACCGAUUCUGCACUUUCUGGAGGAGAUUCGGCAGCUGCUGAUCGCCGACACGCGAAACUGGAUCCUGCCACUUCUAAAACUGACGCUGCCAUCGCUUGUGGUCGCCUGGACACUGAGUAUGCCAUAUUUCUGGUACAACUGCCGACAACCAGGAGACAUUGCCUUUCCCAUGUCCGAUCAUGGAAGUGGCAUCAUACUACUGCAAAAGAGUUCGCUGGAAGGCGAACUACUGGUGGCCAGUGAGGAGUACGCCAAAGUAGGGGUCACAGAGGUGGAAAAGGCGGUUGACAUCACAGCCUAUAUCUAUGACUACGAAUACGACAACAGUUUGCUGUCGGACGUGGAUAUUCUGGAGGCGGGCAUCUUCAUAGAUGGCCAGAUCGAGGUGCUCUUCAACACCAAGUGGCCGCACACCGCUCCAGAUAGCUUGGGUCGUGCUAUGAACUCGCUGGCAGUUGCCUUCAUCGGUGCGGAAUCGGGCAUAAAGGUGGAACUGGAGGUGCUGCCUUUCGCGACCAUCCACACGCUGCAGCUGCAUCUGAAUAUCGAUGGAUACGACCUGAUAUUCGCCAGCUGCCUGAGCUUCUGCUUCUGCUUCAUCUGGAGCAUGCCCCUGCUCCACAUGACCCUGAGUAAGGAUGGUCGCUACAACUACGUGGAGCUGAUUGCCGGCAUGCGGACAAUCGUGCUGAUCCUGGCCUUCCUCACGUACGACCUAUUGGCGGUGCUCUUCGCCCUGUUGCCCAUCAACAUAGCCGUCAUAUUCUUCCACUGGGACUUGCUAAUGGACGCCAACAUUCACAUAUACUCUGUCUAUGUCAUGUUCACCGUGGCUGUGUGCGUGCUCAGCUUGAAUAUUUUGAUAGCCAUCUUGCCGAUCGCGGAUAUGCCAUUUGUGUAUCUAAUAGUACUCAUCGCGUACUCACUGGGCAUUUUGGUGUACAUAGCCGUGAAUGAGCUGCAGCCAUUUGCGGAUCCAAACACGGCCUACUUCCUUUUGCUGGACUUCCAUCCGUUCUAUGCCCUGUUGCACAACCUAAUGCGCAUCGCCAGCAUUUCCGAGAAGAUUUGGCUCUGCAGCGAUCGGCAAAUUUAUGAAACCAGUGUCUAUGCGGACCAGUGCUCCACGAUUCCCAACUGUUGUGAUGACGAUGCACAGGAGUUCUAUCACUUCCGCUACAUGUGCUGUGUGUAUCUCCUGACCGUCGUGGUGUGGAUCGCGAUCUUCGUAUUCCUCAAAUCCCACAUGGUGAAGCGAAGGCCGCGACAAUCUAAGUAUUUUUGGGAUAGUGAUCCGGAUAGCAAAUACGAUCAGAACAUCCUGCAUAUCAUGGGGCCCAACGAGCUGGAGAACACCUGGAUCCUCGAGAAAUCGCGUGUCAGCACCCUGGAACGCAACUACAUAGAAUCAAAAGCUCUGCAUGUGGAGCAUGUGAGCGUUUUCUUCGGCCUGAGAGCGGCCAUCAAGCACGUUGACUUCAUGGUCAAUCGCUAUCAAGUCUUGAGCGUCUUUGGCGCCAACGGAACUGGGAAAACGGUGCUGCUGAAGACGAUUCUGGGAAUUCACACGCCCAGUUCGGGACGCAUAAUCACCUCCAACAGGGUGCCAUUCAAGUCGAAAGGCUUGGAUGCCUGCCAUAUGGUGGGCUACAGUGCUCAGGAAUUUCGGACAAUGCGUUCGAUGACCAUAUUGGAGACGUGGGAACUGCUGCUGCGCAUUCGACGCUCCAGGAGGAGAUCUCUCAGGGCGGAGGCCACGGAUUUGUGCAAGAUCUUCGGACUGUACAAGUAUCGCUUCAAAUCGCUUUCCAUCUGCAGUCAGGGCGUACUGAAAAGACUGAGCCUCGGCAUAGCCCUGAUAAGCGAUGCCGAACUCAUCCUGCUGGACGAUCCCUUCACCCACUUGGACAUCAUGUCGCAGCGCAGCAUGCUGCACAUAAUCCACGAUCUGCGCAGGCGCGGCCAUACUGUCAUCUAUACCUGCACCGACACCGAGUUCUCCACACCCGCGCUCCGAAUGGCUACGUUGAGCUAUCCGGGAAUCGCGGUGAUUGGCGAGCGCGAGGAGCUGCAGCAGAACUACUAUGCAUCGUACUACACGGUGGAGACCAGAAUCCACAUGGCCGAGAUGGGCAGUCCCAUUGAUUUUGAUUCGCAGUCGACGGAGGCAAAGGAGGAUACUGUGGUGGCCACAUGGGAGACAUUUCGGCAUAAGCACCAGGUGUUGUCCACGGCUUUCCACGACAACGAGGAUCGAUGGAAGUACCUCAAGUUGUGCGGACUCAUCGAAAAAGUAUUUCCACAUGCCAUUAUCAAGAACGUUAGUUUUCCCAGGGUCGUUUUCUGGCUGUCCAGUCACAUGUAUCCCAUGUCAAAGAUCGUCGAUACCCUGCACCGCAACAAGCAGACUUUCUAUUCCUUCUCAGUGUCUCAGCCAUCAGUGAACUCCGUGUUCCUUAGCAUUGCUCCGCAGAAAAUACCCAAGGAUACAUUUGCUUUCUAAACUAAAUAAACUAAAAUAAAUCGGUUAU